ACAAAGCCGAAGGUGGCUACUUAAUCACUACGAAAUUUGAUCUUAACUGUGUAACUGAGAUCUCUUUUAUGUUCACAAAAACGUUGAUUUUUUUUAAUCCAAGGCGAGUAUAUUCUUCAGUUUGGUCUUCUGAGGAUGGCCACCGCGGACGACUCGCGGUAUUACAAUGAACACGAUGACCGAGUUGGAGGUCCAAAGCACCGUAAUCGGAAAGGCAGGGGGCCGUUUAGGGCCCCCAUGUAUAGUGACCAGAUAUCAAGGCCCCGACAUCGUGGGGGCCAAGGAGGGGGUGGGGGUCCUGGACCCCGAUCCAGACUUGAAGACGACGAUGGAGAUGUAGCAAUGUCUGAUAAUUCACAAGACGGAGCUUUACAACGGAGAUUCACUCCCUAUGAAAGACCAAAUCGCAGGAAUCGCAGAGGUGGUGGAGGAGGAGGAGGAGGAGGAGGUGGUGGCGGAGGCCACAGGAAUCGGCCAAACAGAGCAGGUGGAGGAGGUGGUGGUGGUGGCGGUGGUGGUGGUGGGGGUAGCGGCCGGAAGAACUGGUUCAAGAUGACUAUUCCCCAUGGGAAGAAAUAUGAGAAGGAGUGGUUGUUGAACGCUCUGCAGAGUAUCUGCUCUAUGCCAUUCCAAGCAGUACAUUACCACACAGACGGCAACAGAGCCCAGUUCUACAUAGAGGAUUCCACCACUGCUAACGCUUUGGCGAAAGCCUCCCGAAAAAUUACAGACAAAGAUGGAUACAAGGUUACAGUUGUAAUGGUCCCCUGUGCUCCACCCAGCUUCAUCCUCACAGAACUGAAGCCUGCGGAUCUGGAGCACCUGAAACAAUGCAUGGCCAAGCGGUUCGAUGGCUCGCAACAAGCUCUAGAUCUCAACAAUAUCCGGAUAGAUCCAGAUUUAGUAUCACAGAACAUCGAGGUCGCUCUGAAUAGGAAAAACUCAAUGCAGGCAGUCAUCAAGAUCAUUGAGGAGAACAUUCCUGAGCUUAUUUGUUUAAACCUGAGCAACAACAGGUUGUGUCGACUGGACGACCUUGCCGAAAUUGUCAACAAAGUGCCCAACCUGAAGACACUGAACCUCUCCCACAACGAGAUCAAGACGGACAGAGAGCUGGACAAGCUGAAGGGGCUGAAGCUUGCGGAGCUGUGGUUGGAGAGGAACCCACUAUGUGAUCAUUUUAAGGACCAGACCAGUUACAUCAGUGCUAUGCGGGAGAGGUUCCCCCGACUACUGAAACUGGAUGGACAUGACCUUCCGCCGCCCAUUGGCUUUGACCUUGAGGUUGCACCUGCAGUACUGCCUCCAUGCAAGCCCAGUUACUUCUGCUCGGAAGAAAUCAAAAACAUCAUCCUGUGCUUCUUGCAGCAGUACUACAGCAUAUAUGACUCGGCCGACAGACAGCCUCUGCUGGACGCCUACCAUGACGGAGCCGCCUUCUCCCUCAGUAUCCCGUUCUCCAUGCAGAACCCCUCAAAAUGCAGUUUAGGGGAAUAUCAGAAAGACAGUCGCAACAUCAAAAGACUCAAAGAUCCAACCACACGGUUUCGGUUGCUCAAACACACACGCUUGAACGUGGUGGCCUUUCUCAACGAACUUCCCAAGACCCAACACGAUGUUGCCUCUUUUAACAUUGAUGUCAAUACAUACACAAACACGUUACUGUCGUUCACCGUCAGUGGGGUGUUCAAAGAAGUGGAUGGAAAAUCCCGAGACUCGUACAGAGCUUUCUCUCGGGUGUUUAUCGCGGUGCCUGCUGGAAAUUCAGGUCUCUGCAUAGUGAACGAUGAGAUGUUCAUAAGGAACGCCACAACGGAGGAGAUCCGCCGGGCGUUCGUGGCGCCGGCACCCACCCCGUCCAGCAGUCCGGUGCCCACCCUCUCAGCGCCCCAGCAGGAAAUGCUCUCUGCCUUCUCCGUUAAGUCUGGCAUGAACCUGGAGUGGUCUCAGAAGUGCCUACAGGAUAAUGAGUGGGAUUUCAACAGAGCUGCUCAGAUCUUCACUGACCUUAAGGCUCAGGGGAAGAUCCCAGAUGUCGCUUUCAUAAAGUGAAGAUAAUUGUGAACUUUUUUUUCCCCCACCCCAUUGUCUGGUAUCUUAUCAAUGAUAACUGCUGAAAAUGUUACAACAUUUAUAAUCAGCUUAUUAAAAUACAGAUCAGUUAUUCAUCUGUUCCUUUCUACUUAUACACACACAAUCACUGAGUCGUUGUCAUUAGUUUUGCCCAACAUCUGUAACAGACAGGUCUACCAGAAUCAGUCUGAAAGUUCACUGAAGCUGGCUGUGUUGCUAAACUAACAGUACCCUACCAGUUGUAAUGUGCUGAUAAAACAGCACUGAGAUAAUGAUUUCAGCUCUCAUGUGGAGUUGCAUGGAAUUCCAGGUCUGAAAUGGUAUCCAUUUACCUUAUCGUCCACAACAGUCAAAUUCUUUUUGGUACUGCUAUGUUUAACAAGAGUAUCUCGUGCAGUAUUCCUUAGCGGUGCUGUGUGAAGUAUCAGCACAUCCACAUUAUUUGUGUGCAUUUUUCCUAUAACCAGAGGUGUACCCACUGCUUCUCUGCGAUGAGCUGUUGGACUGAACAUGUAACAUGUAUGUGAAAAUAUUAUGUGGCACAUCUAGCUUUUUAUUCAAGAGAGGCUCUAAAAU